GGUUACGUCGUUACGUAGACAGUAAACAGGAAGUCCCCAGUUUCCCAGCCGUUUAUUUACUUCUUUUUUUUCCUAAACGACAAUCGCUUGAGCUUUAAACAGGUAGUAAAAUUGCUUUCACUGACACACUCAUCAGGAAAUUGUUCGAGAUUGACCAUGGGCAAAAGUUGUAAAGUGGUAGUGUGCGGUCUUGCCGCUGUUGGCAAAACUGCUGUAUUGGAACAACUGCUGUAUGCCAACCACAUUGCUGGUUCUGAAUCCAUGGAGACGUUGGAAGACAUCUACAUAGGGUCUAUCGAAACUGACCGUGGCACACGAGAGCAGGUGCGCUUCUACGACACCCGGGGACUGCGGGAUGGACUCGAGUUCCCUCGCCACUACUACUCAUUUGCAGACGGUUUUGUGCUUGUCUACAGUAUUGAAAGUAAGGAGUCAUUUAAACGAAUGGAGGCCCUCAAAAAGGACAUUGACCGCCACAGGGACAAGAAAGAGGUGACUAUUGUGGUUCUUGGGAACAAGCUGGAUAUGCAGGACCAGAGGAGGGUAGAAUCAGACAUGGCCCAGAACUGGGCCAAGACGGAGAAAGUUCGUCUAUGGGAGGUGUCAGUAGGAGAUAGACGCAGCCUCAUCGAGCCUUUUGUCUACCUGGCCAGUAAAAUGACCCAGCCGCAAAGCAAGUCCACCUUCCCUUUGAGUCGCAACAAGAACAAGGGGAGUGGGUCUGUGGACAGCUGAGGCACUGUAGGAUGUGGGGUUAGGAGGUCAAAGAGGAACAAUAAAGGAAGCAGUGGUGAGAGGAAAAGAGGAGGAGAUUUUGAUUAACAGUGAAGGAGAAAAAGGAGGGGUGACUGGUAGAUGAGGAACACAGACAGUUGAUGAUCAUAUGUACAAUCACACAUGAUGCACAGAUUACAAAGACUGCAAGAAUGUACACAGACUGAAUCAGAACUGAUCACUGAUCUGUGAUGAAACUUAACACUGAUGGCUAGCCUAAACUCAUAUUGAUUGUUAAAGAAGUUGAGUGCACAGUACAGGGAGGAAGGAGCACAAGGGAUUCAUGUACUGUCAAUUAAUCAGGAGAUUUGUUACACUACUGACAUGCUCUCCCAUCAGAGAAACUGUGGAAGCAUGUUCUGUCAUUUGUGUUAUUUUUAAAUACUUUAUUUUUCAAAAUGUAAAAAAAUACAUUCCUCAGUUUUUGUACCCCACUUGUAUAUGCCAGAAAAUAUAUACCAAGGUUUGUUAUAGCUGAUCAGCUAAAAUAACUCCCUACUUUUCACUAGUUUAAGCUUUGUUAAUACUCACAGAUGACUGAUUUGUUUGUGCAUCUUUAUACCACAUUUCAACUGAAAACCGUAGUCCGAGUCAAUGUGUGCAGUAUUUAUCUUUUAAGUGUGUGAAGACCUGACCUUUGUUUGCUUGUUUUGUAAACAAAUAAAAUAGAUUUUUUUCUGCGCCUUA